UCAGAGUAUAACUCAUGCCGAAGACUUCGUGAUUUUUCGGAGUGAUCUUCUCAAUUUGGAUAAGUGGAGAUCGCAGAGAUGCCGCAGAGUUUUACCAGAAUCACAGCUGACGAUGUCGAAUACUAUCUUCUCGUAGAAUUGUUUGAUCAAGGCAAAGGUGGAUUCGACCUCACCGUUUGUAAUGGCGAUCACGUUUGGCGCGAAACAGUUGAUUCAUUGACUGUUGAAUCUAUGGCAAAAACUGCUGAUAUGAGUGUUACUGAAUUUGCUGAUCAAACAAGUAGAGCACUGACUGGCCAGACCACAAGUCAGGAUAAUUUCGUCUUCCAAGCCAAACCUAAAGGGACCAACUUGCAGUUCUCUUGGAAGAUGCAUGUUAGUAAUGGUGUUAAGUUUCAACUGGGUUCUCUGACUUUAGCAAAAGUUAGUGAGGGUGUCCAAGUAAUCAAGAACAUGUUUGACCUGGCUGUGGACCAAAUGGUGCAGCUAAGGCAAGAAAUGUCAUCUUUAAGAUCUGACAAUGCCAGAUUAUCUUCAGAGAGAUAAGAUGCCUUAAAGCAUCUUGAGAAAUCUGUCACUGCUAAAGAAGAAUUGGAGACAGAUUUAUUUGAAAAGUUUGCUGCAGUACUAAAUGACAAGAAGAACAAGAUAAGGCAAUUGCAGGAGCGAGUAAAAGAAGCAUCUGCUCCACAGCCAGUACAAGAUAAUAAUGAAACACUACAUUUGGCCAACAGAAAUAAAGGAAAAUCUAAAGGUAAAGCAAUCAGGCAAGACGAUUCAGGUGAUGACACAGACAUUGAAAAACUGGAUACAGAGGAUUCACCUGUCCCUGAACCUGUGAGGGGAAGGAAAAAGCAACCCAUGUCUUUGUCUACACCACCAAGCCAAGCUUUGUUACUAGACAAUGAAGAUGAAGAAAUUGGACCAACUGUGAAGAGGCGCCGUAGAAGGAAACCCACGAAAUCCCCAGCACCAAAGCUGAUCCUUCCCAAGGUACCCUCGGUUAGGAAAACGCCUAGCAGUUCCUCAGGGGAGAGUUUGACUUCAACUCGAUCUCGCCUUCGUCAGCGAUCCUCAGACAGAUCACCUCCAGAUGCGGAGGAUUUGAUGGCUGAGAUGUAAAAUAAAAAAGGAUCAUAAUACAUCACAGGGCUCAUGAAACAGAGAUGUCUCACGGCAAGAGAUUAUAACCUGUAAUCUCUUGCUCACGAAGAACACAAAUUGAUUCAGCGUUGAGUUAACUGGGAAUAAAAUAUUUUGAAACUUA